UAUAAAAUUUUAAAAGGACUGGAAUUGUCGGGGAGGACUGGACACGGUUACGAGCUGUCAGAGAAAAGACUGGCUUAUAUUGUCGUGGAGACGGUACCAAGUCCCCAGGGUGCCCGUCUCGGAUGCACUAAACGCUUCCUUCCAACGACUAUACCCAUCGCACCUCCAGAGAACUUUGAGCAUUAAGUUACCUCUUUUUUAUCAUUCUUUUAUUUUCAUCGUAUUAACACUGGCUGUCCGAUUGUUGCAGAACCCACGACAACAAAUUAAAACGCCUGUCUUGCGAAUUACGUUACUUCGAGUCCAUCUCGAGUAAUUCUUCACGAUAUAGUUCUCACUUAUACGGGGCGGUCAUAUUAUAUCUUUACGUUUAUCAAGUCGCUAAACUGUACACUGUUGGCCUUCCAUUGGAUUAUUACGGAGACUGGCAAAAAUGACAGCCACAGCAGCUCCCAUUUCUGAGCUUGACCAGCCAAACUCGGCGGCUAUUAUCCCCGAGUCGAGGGUCCUCAUUAUCAUGACUGGUGGCACGAUCUGCAUGCGUCAAUCUCCAUCUGGUUUCGUUCCAGCUAGGGGGUUCCAGGAGGCUUGUUUAGCACGGUUGCCUACAUUCAACGAUGGAUCUCUGCCACUGCCACUCGACGUCGUUGUCAACGGGAAUGGCACAACCAAGGCUUAUGCCAGUUUGCGUACGCCUCCAAGCGCUUACGACAGGCAGGUGAGAUAUACGGUCUAUGAAUUCGAAGAGCUCCUGGAUAGCAGCUCUAUCGAUGCUAAAGGUUGGGCAGAGAUUGCCCGGACGAUCUACUGGAAUUACCAGCUGUUUGAUGCUUUCGUGGUUCUCCAUGGAACUGACAGCUUGGCGUACACCUGUUCAGCGCUCAGUUUUAUGCUGCAAGAUCUCGGAAAGCCGGUCAUUCUCACAGGAUCUCAAGCACCUAUGUUGGAGCUACAGAAUGAUGCCACGGAUAAUCUUCUGGGAUCCUUGGUCGUGGCUGGCCACUUCAUGAUCCCUGAGGUCUGUUUGUACUUCAACUACAAGUUGUUCCGCGGCAACAGAGCGACAAAGGUGGCAGCAAGCGAUUUUGCUGCAUUCGACUCUCCAAACGCACCUCCGUUGGCGGUAACGACGUCGAUGCGCACACAGGUUGCUUGGGACCUCGUGAACAGGCCGACACACAUCGGACACUUCAGGAUCCAGACAAACCUGGAUACCACUCACGUUGCAUGUCUGCGCAUAUUCCCCGGGAUUCAACCAGCAAUGGUGGAUGCUGUCCUGAAGCUGGGGAGCCUAAGGGGUCUAGUCCUAGAGACCUUUGGCGCUGGAAAUGCACCAAACGGACAAGAUGAUGCGAUGACCAAGGUGCUGGCUAGUGCCAUCCAAAGAGGAAUUGUCAUCGUCAACGUUACUCAAUGUCUCACUGGCAGUGUCAGUCCUGUGUAUGCCCCCGGCAUGACUCUGUCUAGAGCUGGUGUCGUUGCAGGGCACGAUAUGACGAGCGAAGCAGCUCUCACCAAGCUGGCCUACCUGCUUGCCCUGCCUGACUCAACGCCUGAAUCUGUCGCUAAAGCGAUGUCUGUCUCCCUCCGCGGCGAAUUAACAGAGAGCUCUCAACCUGUGUUUCGCCAUCCAGGAGGCGCCUUGCCUGAGACAGCGAAGAAAUUGACCGCACUGGGCUAUGCGAUUGCUCAAGGAGAACUCGAGAAAGUUGAAGAAGUAAUGACAAGCGAGGAUGGAUGGCUGCUGAACGAGGCAGACUAUUCAGGAAACACCCCAAUUCACCUCGCCGCAACAUGCCCCUCCGUCGACAUCCUCCGCUACCUACUCCUCCAAGGAGGCUCCGUGCACAUACGCAAUCGCGCAGGACGUACCCCGCUCUUCCUAGCAGCCAAUGCGGGACUAUCGGAGCAUGUCCUGCUGCUCCGGAAAUCAGGUGCCCAUCUGCACGCGGACGAGCGCGCUGUGGCGGAGAUGCAUGCCCGGCGUCGACCGGCCAUCUGGGGUCUGGCCGGGGUUGGACCCAAAAUGAUCGAAGAUCGCGAGAUCGAUGACGAUGAAGAUCGAAAUGGGGUCAGCUUGAGAAUGAAUGGGUUCGGGGGAAUCGCGGGGUCGGCGCCUUCUUGAUCUGAUUUGUGUUGUUUGUUGCGUUUAUAUAUUAUAGCCUUAUUUCGUAGAGGCGAUCUCAUUGGUUAUACGCGAUGCAUAGAUAUAAAAAGCGAGUGCAUAACACGGAAAGGAAAAAAAGGAUAGUGGUAAUCACUAUUAUUUAAUGCUUUCUUUAUUCAUAGAAGGCGCAAUAAAAGAAAAAGUAGUAACUAUCUCAAGGUG